AUAAACCUCUUAUCAAAUUGUUCAAAAAAGCUAACCUGGUUCAUUCUUCUCCAAAAACUGGCACACACACUUAAUUACUUCUCGUGUACCAAAAAAAAAAAAAACACAUGGAUUCAGACAAGCUCAGCCUUAAUUCUCUCUUCAAGUGCUUCUUCUUUAUCUUAGGGUCGCUUCUCUCAGGAGUUGUAGUUUCAGCCCACAGCCAUGGUCACGAUUCUCAUCUCUUUAGCUUUCGACCAACAAAGCUUUUUGUUUUCGGAGAUUCUUACUCCGACACCGGCAACAACAGAAAAUCCGAAGGCACUUCUUGGAAAUAUCCUUACGGCAUCACCUUCCCCGGAAAACCCACCGGUCGUUUUUCCGAUGGCCGUGUCUUGACCGAUUUCCUAGCUAAGUUUGUGGGAGUGAAGUCUCCAAUACCAUACCAAUGGAGGAAGGUGGUGGGUUAUAAGCACUUGAAGUAUGGAAUGAACUUCGCCCAUGGUGGCACCGGCGUCUUCAACACCUUGGUUAUGGACCCAAACAUGACUGCUCAGAUCGAUUCCUUCAAAGAGCUCAUUAACCACUCUGUUUUCACUCCCAAAGACCUUCAAUCCGCCGUCGCCCUAGUCACUGUUGCCGGCAAUGACUACGGCGCUUAUAACUUCAGAAACGGCACUGCCGAGGGUUUUCCAGCGUUCAUUACAUCAGUGGUGAACCAGCUCUACGUGAACUUGAAACAAAUCCAUGCAUUGGGAGUGAAGAAGAUUGCAGUGACAGCUCUCGAGCCCUUGGGGUGUCUUCCGCCAAGCACCGUGGUGAGCUCGUUCCAGCAGUGCAACGGAUCCCAGAAUGCCCUCGUCGGUUUCCACAACCUCUUGUUGCAGCAAGCAGUAGCCAAGCUAAAUAGCGAAACCUCUAAAGAUACUAACAUCCUCAUUCUCGAUCUUUAUUCUUCCUUCAUGUCAGUAUUCAAGAACAAAGGAGACCGAUUAGGAACUGUAAAAUUUGAGAACCCUUUGAAGCCUUGUUGUGUUGGAACUAGCAGUAAGUAUUCGUGUGGGAGUGUAGAUGAGAAUGGGACAAAGAUGUACAGUAUCUGCGAAAAGCCUGAGUCUGCUUUCUUUUGGGACAAUGCACACCCCACCCAGCAGGGUUGGCAGGCUGUUUAUUUAGCUCUUCAGGACACUCUUCACCAACUAAUCUACUAGUACUCUUAACGAUGAUUACACCUUGUGCUAGAGUUUUUGUUUGCGUGUGUAUGUGUGUAUGACAUAACUUGAUUUCCCAGUCAAUAGAAACCUUUUUAUUUGUUUAUUUGUUCACUUUUUGUAUAAUUAUUGUUAAUUAAUUAAUUGGAUAGUGGCUGCAAAAUUAGCUCUUUUUAA